AUGGCUUUGAAUCCGAGCAUAUUUGAACUAUGCCACAGGGGCCCUUGCGGUAGCUGCCGAGAAGCAAUCUUCGACGAGAUCAGCUGCAACUGUGGCCGUACUGUUCUACAGCCACCACUACCCUGCGGAACGCAGCCGCCGCCCUGCCGGUUCGACUGCGAGCGGUCUAAGGCAUGCGGGCAUCCUCAAGUCCCCCACAACUGCCAUCAAGACACCGAAGACUGCCCUCGGUGUCCCUUCCUCACAGUCAAGCCCUGCAUGUGCGGCAAGAAUCUGCUCAAGAACCAGCAAUGCUGGCUAACCGAUGUGCGGUGUGGCGAAAUUUGCGGCAAGAAGCUGAAGUGCGGCGCACACAAGUGUCGGAAGCCCUGCCACAAAUCCGGCGAGUGCGAGGACGCCGGCAGGUCAUGCCAACAACCUUGCGGAAAGGAGAAGUCCUGUGGGCAUCCUUGCUCCGACCCCUGCCACUCACCGUACCCGUGCAAAGAGGACAAACCCUGCCAGCACAAGAUCUUCAUCACUUGUGAUUGCCAGCAUAUCAGACAGGAAGCGAAGUGCAACGCUACCCGCGAUAACGAAGGAAACAGCACCAAGAGCCUCAAGUGCGACGAUGAAUGCGCACGACUAGAAAGGAACCGCAGGCUCGCGCUCGCUCUGAACAUCGAUCCCGAGACGCACAAGGAUGACCACAUCCCCUACUCAUCAGAGACCCUCAACAUGUUCCUUCAGAACGUCCCCUGGGCGCAGACUCAAGAGCGCGAAUUUCGCGUCUUCGCCAGUAGCCCGGAAGAGAAGCGACUCCGCUCCAAGCCUAUGCCGCCUACGCAGCGUGCGUUCCUCCACUCUCUGGCAGAGGACUUUGGCUUUGACUCGGAAAGCAUGGAUCCCGAGCCCCACCGCCACGUCGCCCUCUUCAAGUCGCCCCGCUUCGUCACAGCGCCAAUGAAGACUCUGGCCGAAUGCGCACGCAUCCGACACAGCCAACGCGCAGCCACAGCCAAUAGCGCAGCGGUGUCGGAGAAGAAAGUCAAACCCAGCAACGUCAUCGGGGAACCGUACAACGGCUUCCUGUUGACAAACGCGAAGUUCGGUCUCACGAUCGAGGAACUGCGCUCCGCUAUCCGUCCCGCUCUAGCGGCCACACCAUCCGUUCAGUUCGACAUAUCCUUCCAGCCGGACGAGUCCGUUGUCCUCAAAGCGACCCCCUCGGCCGCAGUUCCCAGCGAGCGCGACCUUGAAGCCACCCUCCAGUCCCUUAAACCAGGCGUCUCGGCGGCCGUGAAGGCACAGGCGCUUGGCUCUAUCCAGCUCUGCCGCCUCGACGGCUCGCUCAACGUCCUGCGUCGCGAGUCCGACAGCGCGAGUAACGGCGGCUGGAGCCAGGUGGCGGCUAAAGCGGCGGCGCCGAGGAUGGCGAUCAGGCAGCCGGUCGUGCAGGCGAAGAAUGCGUACACGGUGCUCGGCGCGGGGAAGGUGCAGUUGGGGAAGAAGAAGGAGAAGAAGAAGGAGAAGUUGAGGGAGGAGAGCGUGGUGGAUGAUUGGGAGGCCGCGGAGAGUGCGGAGGAGGAGAGGGAGAAGGUUGCGGGGAGUGUGGGGAGUGGGGAUGAGAUGGGUGGGGGAAGGGCGGGGAGUGUUGGUAGUGCUGCCGCUAGUGGAGAGGAGAAGGAGAAAAACAAUGGGGAGGCCCCGGUGGAGGCAGAGGAAGCGGCUUGA